AUGUCGCGCGCCUCCCCACUCAGCGCUCAGGGGCAAUCGCCAACAGAUGCGAUUCAAGAUCGAUAUGCUCCGGAUCCUUACCUGUCAGCCGCAUCCGAUCCGGAGGAAGUCUUCUUUCAGGCCAGUGCCAUUCGACUAACGCCAACACCAUCGCGGGGAAGUCCUGGCCACAGUGCGGGACCUGGCUCAUCCCCUCGUGAGGACGCUCGGAUCGACUCCACAAUCCAGGGCUAUUUGAACCCGAGAACAAGUGAUCAUACGGACCGAAGCACUUGCACCUCCCCUAUCUCUGAUACAAGUGUCUUCGUGGAGCCAAAAGAUAUCGAACUGGAUAGUGGUUCGACAUGGCAAAAUGAAAACCUGCCAUCAUGCAGGAUUGGGGAGGGUAAUGUGCCCGUCGAUUCGGCAUGGGGUUCGUCCAUGGCACCGAAUGCCUUUCAGUGGACGAGCUCGGACCGCAACCCGAACCCGAUUCCAUCAUCCACGCUGGCAGGUCUAGAGCCUCAUAGCAAUUCUAGCGCACAACACUCAAUCCCCACCUCGUAUCAGGCUGGCCUCGGUGUCUUGAACGCAGCCGCCGAGCCAUCAAGACUCCGCGUCUUGACCAACGAGGAGUCGACCACCGAGCUGACGUCGAGCCCAACUAGGGGAAGAAGCCCCGUCGUCAAAAUUACAACUUUCACCCGGGGCGAUUCGCCCGCGGAACGCAGCACGUCACCGCAAGGACGUUUCGGCCAGUCCUUUUCACACCUAUCUGCUAACCCAAGCGAGCUGGAAGACGAAGAUGAUGGUGAUCAUCACUCGGUCUCGUCUGUUCCCGUGAAGCGAUCUAAGGACGGCGGAUGGAUUCCAAACCCAUCAACCCAUCUAGCUGGCAUUGAUCCAAGGUCCCGUGGAGAUGAAUUUGUACCAAGUCCCAAUGAUAUUCAUUUUCAGCGAGAAAGGAACGAAAAGAAUGAGGACAUUUCCCACUGGUCUGUAUCGGUAAGCGCCGCCAACAGUGAUGCCGGUGGGGACUCGCCUAGUCCACCACGCCCACGCCCACACCAUGUUUCCAGGAGACUUCGAGCGAGGAGUACCGGCGAUCACCCUUUGAAACAAGAAGAUUAUUUCAACCUAAAAUCCCGCACCAGAGACGCAUCAUUCCCUGGACCCGGUGUACUAGUUCAUGAGAGCAGCGACGACAUCAGCGAAGAUGAAGCAAGCAUUGGCACUUACUCCGACGAGCCCUCAGCCGAUGCAGAUGAACCUGGCAGAUAUGAUCGCAGCACCCCCGAUGUCUAUUCAUCUUUCUCUCCGACCGAAGCUGAAGAAAGUCCGGACAGCUCUACCGACGCUAUGAUAGCUUUUAACAAACGUGUGCGAGAUCUUGAAACGGCAUCGCUCGCGGCAACCAUUGAUAACAAUAGCAUUAUCAAUGUUAGUGCAUCUCUUGAGAACUUUUCCUUCACCGAACAACCCAAGAAACGCACCAGUCUGUUUAAGCGUCAAUUUCUGCAGGCAUCCUCGAUUCUGAAGCGCCAAGCAUCUGACCUUUCCAUUGGUCAAUCUAAUAGCUACCCCGGGCUUCCCCAUCGUGAUACAGAGGACACACCGGCAAAACCGAGUUAUUCACCACGAAAUGGGUUCCUGCACCGUCGCCAUUCGCGGUCGCCAAGCUUGAGCAACGCACUUCUUUCAAUGACCAGCCAAAUGACGGCUAUCGGGGGUAGUCAGCCUGUCCAAGCAAUAUCGCCUACACCCUCACCGAAUCCGGAGAGGGGUUCCUUGAACAUCCAAUUUAAAGGUCGAGGUCGAAGCAGAAGCGAGAUCCCCCGACCAAGUAGCCCCGGGCUAAUUAAUCUUAUGACCGCUCAUGGUGGACCACCAGUUCCAAACAUCACAUCGCCUCGAGUCAGUUCGGACACCGAUCAAACACCCAGAAGUACACCUGUGGACCCUGAAACCGGAGGCGCCGAAGAUGAGAAUGAUAUGGACACCAGUAACAACAAAGGCGUGGUUAUGGAUUUCCCUGCUGUUCAAAGUCUCCCAGUACCCACAAUCGAAGGGUUCAGAUCGCAGAUCAUGCAAUUGAAUCCAAGGCUUGAGCCGGCUUUGAUUCACCGCCUAUCACAUGAGCAAAAUCGUCGAUACAAGAUCUUGGUUGAUUUGCAGCAGAAGCAUUCUAUUGCAGCUGCCAACCAUACGUGUAAAUCCGGCAACUUUUGUACUGUUCAGGGAGGGCAACCCACUCUGUUGCAGGACCCCAAGGCCCCCAACGAUCCUGAGGCAGGACAGAUCCAGUUCCAAGUGACAAGUUUCAGUUAUGGACAUGAGCAACAGUAUUCUCCAGAGGACGGCACGGGGGCCGCGACACAGUUCCCUCCCGGAGUGCCCCUUCCGCCAGUCACUCGUCUUCCCGCCCGGUUUGAGUGCCCCAUUUGCUUCGAAGUAAAAACAUUCCAAAAACCAUCCGACUGGUCCAAACACGUUCACGAGGAUGUGCAGCCAUUUACUUGCACAUUCCCCCACUGCACCGAGCCCAAGUCAUUCAAGCGUAAAGCAGACUGGGUUCGCCAUGAGAACGAGAAACACCGGCACCUGGAGUGGUGGACUUGUACAUUCCCCGAGUGCAACCACAAAUGCUAUCGUAAGGACAAUUUCGUUCAGCAUUUGGUGCGGGAACACAAAAUGCCCGAGCCCAAGAUCAAAAAGACGGGCAAGGCUUCUAGCACGGUGGAUGCUGAGGCUGUACCGAAUAGCCGAAGGGAGCAAGAGCUUGAUCGAUUAUGGAAAAUGGUCGAAGAAUGUCGGCAUGACACCACGCAGGCCCCCCAGCAGGAGCCAUGCCGCUUCUGCGGGAAUGUCUGUAGUGAGUGGAGAAAGUUGUCAGUCCACCUUGGCAAACACCUGGAGCAACUAGCCCUGCCCGUUUUACGAUUAGCAAAGCCGAGCAACGCUCCAACCCAUGUCGCCAACCCCAGCCAAGUGGAGACAAAUCGCGGAUCAGUGGCUGCAACCUAUCCCUCUGUCGCGCCAUAUCACCCUGGACACGGAGGACCCGAAACGGCCUCCACUCAUCUGCAGCCGCAGUAUGCGAUCCGAAACACUAGCACGCCCGCCAACCCGGCGUUCUCAAUCAACAACGUCCCGCUGACAAAUUAUUCCACCAUCUCUGGCGGCGAACUUUCCAUGGAGCCCGAGUCCAUGACAGACUCUCUCACCCCUGAUCAGUUCUCAGCAUACACGCAAACGACAGACCAAUUUGGCCAAACUACACUCCAUCCCACUCAGGGCCAGGUCUAUCCCCUGCAUCAGAACUCGGUGACGUACCCACCGCCUUAUAACGCCGUUCCGAGAUCGAGAUCCCCCGAGGCAGAUCUCAUGCAGCCCUCGUAUCCCCUCGCUCAGUUUCUCCCUCAUCCCUCUUUGUAUCCCGAUAAUUACCCGGCUUACCAACCCAUGGAGUCCAACAUCCCCUACACUUCUGCGACUUACUCUUCUGGAUGUUCCUCUCAAAUGUGA